AUGAGUGCAGCAUUUAGUAGGGCAGACUCGCGCAAGCGGGGGUUUGCCUCCUCGAGAUCUGAGCACAGCCCGCAGCCUAAGCGACGGCGGACUGCAGACACGAGAUCGCCCAGUCUCCCCUAUGCCACCAUCGCCCCUUCAACUGCCGCCCGCAGCAACCCGGUUCCCAGACCAGUCAUCAUGGUCCAUCCUACCAAGGACAUCUCUAAGCGCAUGGAGUCUGCCGUCCAGGAGUGCCGCGACCAAGCAGUCCAGCGCUACUCCGAGGUCCAUGCCCUGCUCCUCUUCUGGGAAGACGACGACCUUCUCGUCAGCAACGACGUUGCUGCCCUUGAAGAAACCUUCAAGGCUAUAUACCGCUACAGUACCACUGUGAUCAAAAUCAAGGCUCCUAAGGCGAAUCAAGAGUUGCUGCGGAAGGUGCUUGACUUUCUCACAGCUCGAGACUCUUCUGACAAUCUGCUCAUCGUCUACUAUGUCGGUGAUGCCCAGGCAAACACCAGGGCCGGUGAAGCUCCGUUCUGGGUUCCCCACCGACGAAAUGGCAUGGUAGUCCAUUCUGGUCAGCUCCAGGAUCAUUUUGAAGACGCAGAUGCGGAUGUUCUCAUGCUCUGGGAUUGCGGCAUCGGACCGGCCUUGACCGGCCAAGUCAUCCAGCAAUCCGGGCAUGUCAGCACCAGCGUGAGCGAAGUUCUCACCGCGGGUGCUUACCAUACUCUUGGUGCCGGCAUUGGCGAGGACAGCUACACCCGGGCACUGAUCGAAGAACUCCCCAAGGCAGCCAAAUCAGGGGCUGUGCGCAUCAUCGAUCUGCACACUCAACUUCUGAACCGCCUGGGUGCCAGAAAGCCCCUUGCUCUCAACACCGUCCAUCGAGCACCGACCCAUGGCUGGCUGUCACGAGUCCAUCGGAGCAUCGUGCUGACUCCGCUCGGUUCCAAGAGCAAUGGUGACGGCACCAGUACAAGCGGCCCUCUUGGCCCCCUUCGCCAGCCAGUCAAUGGUGCCCAGGCAGCGGGUGAGAUGUGUGUUGACCGAGCUGAUAUUGACAACUUGGGUUCUUUGAUCACGGUCUGCUUCCGCAUCUCUGAGAUGGACACGACGGUGGCCGCACUCGAGAAUUGGCUGAGGGAGGCUCCAGAACAGGCUCAAGAUGCUAUCAAGGUCACAGGCAUGUACGCGGGCUAUUCUCCCCUGAUCAGCUUGGUCAUUCCCCUCCAUGUCUGGGCUCUCCUCCCCGAAUGUCCCUCCCAGGGCCUCAAAGGCUUUGCCAUCACGGGCUUAGCCAACCCCGAGGUUGAGGAAGCUAUCGAAUCAGCUCUUUUUACCAGGAUGGGGCUCGAGGAGAACAAGGCUAGCUUGGCUCAUCGCCACCACCCAGACCCGCAAGCAGUGCACAAGAUGGAGGACAGUGUGCUGGAGGAGGGCUACUCCCUACGGAAUAGCCCCAACAAGAUCCGAAAGGCCCUUCCAACUGGUCGACGCCUUUUGCCCUCAGAGCCCCGGGCCCUACUGCCAGGCGAGAGGCGCGAGCUGCCACGUGCUGCAUCGCAGCACCAACCGACAAUCGUCCACACCUCUGCAGAGCCUCCUCUUCCUCCUUCUCCUGCGACUGGAUCAGAGCGCAAGGCCCUCCCGACAUCACGAAAGCCGGUCAAGAUCAGCAUCAAGUCGGCAGGCCCGCUCCUCUAUUGCCAGGAGUGCAAUGGUGCUGUGUUCAAGGACGACGAGGCUCUCGCGGCCCACAAGCGCAAGCACCACACCCGCCCUUUCCAGUGUGUCUUCAACUGGGCUGGAUGUACCUCGGACUUUGCAAGCAAGAACGAAUGGAAGCGCCAUGUCAUGAGUCAGCAUAUUCUGCUCAACUAUUGGCUCUGCCAGCUCGAUUCGUGCAGAAACACGGUGAACACCCCAAAGAGCGCCAACGGUGCUACACUCCCCAACGGCGCCAUCUUCAAUCGCAAAGACCUCUACACGCAGCACCUACGCCGGAUGCACACCCCACCCGCCAUCAAGAAACAGCUCAAGGUGCUCAAGGCUAGCAAGUCGGCCCCAAAUACCGAUCUUGUCCAGUGGGAGGAGCACCUCAAAGACCUUCAAAAGGCGGGCUACAAGCAGCGCUGCAACCUGCCCACCUACAUGCGCUGCCCUGCUGUCGGCUGCACCCAAGAGUUCCAGGGCGCCAACGCCUGGGACGAUCGCAUGGAGCACGUCGCCAAGCAUCUGGAGAAGGCGGCUGCCGGUAAGGAGCAGCGAGUCACCUUUGGGGGUGAUUGGGACCCCACCCUCACGACUUGGGCCACCAGACCCGACGUCGGAAUCGUUAUCAAGAACGCAGAUGGCGAGUGGAAGACAUGGGAGUCCCCGCCCAAGGCCUCGCGACAUACCGUGCCCAUGGGCGACAUUGCUGCUGAUGACGGCUACGGAAACACGAGCGCACUUCAUGCUAACGGCAAUGAAAACGGCGAUACUCCAGACGAGGAGGAUGACGAGGAGCGCGACCGGGAGCGCUCUAGGUCGGUGAUUGAGGUUGCCGAGGGUCAACACAGCCACGAUGAUUCCCCGGACUAUUAA